CGCGCCGCCGUCACCGUCGUCGCUCGCGCUCUCCGCCCGGAUCGGAGCGAGAGUAGGGGCGUGUCGGCGGUGAAAGCGACUGCGUCAGCCAUGGCGGACGAGGAGCAUUCGGAGAGGAGAGAGGAGGCCUCCGAGCUUGCCCCCUUCGACCCGACCAAGAAGAAGAAAAAGAAGAAGGUUGUCAUCCAAGAACCUUCUGAUGAAGUGGACAAGCUUGCAGAGAAGACAGAAACACUGGCAGUCGCAGAACCCGCUGAACUUAACUUCACUGGAAUGAAGAAGAAAAAGAAGAAGCCGGUGGAUCUUGAUUCAACUCUUGAUGAGCUUGGAGAUGGGGAGGACACUCAAGAUGAUCAAGCUGUAGAGGAACAAGGGGAAGGCAUUGUGCUGGGAAGUGUCCCUACAUACCCUUGGGAGGGAACUGAUCGGGAUUAUAAAUAUGAAGAGCUGCUGGACAGGGUGUUCAACAUUCUACGUGAGAACAACCCAGAUCUUGCUGGGGAUAGGCGUAGGACCGUUAUGAGGCCACCACAAGUUCUUAGGGAGGGAACAAAGAAGACAGUUUUUGUUAACUUUAUGGAUUUGUGUAAAACGAUGCAUAGGCAACCUGAGCAUGUGAUGAUGUUUUUACUUGCUGAAAUGGGAACAAGCGGGUCACUUGAUGGGCAGCAAAGGUUGGUGAUCAAAGGAAGAUUUGCCCCCAAAAACUUUGAAGCAAUCCUGAGGAGAUACAUCAAUGAGUACGUCAUCUGCAAUGGAUGCAAGAGCCCUGAUACCAUUCUGUCCAAGGAAAAUCGUCUGUUCUUCCUUCGCUGCGAACAGUGUGGAUCUUCAAGGUCCGUUGCUCCAAUCAAAGCUGGAUUCGUUGCUCAAGUCGGUCGUCGGAAGGCAUGAGCAUCUAUAUGUGGAUGGUGUUGGGGUCAAUACCAACUCAACAAUAGUUGAUUAUUUGUUGACUAGAGAUUCUGCGGCGCAAUGUUGAGCAAGAUAUAUCAACGAUGCCCUUUGUCUGCAUUCAAAGGAUUCAUCUAUUGAUGUCACAAGCCUAUGAAAACUGGCGAGUGUGAAUCCUGAUCUACGACUCCCUGCGAUCAUAAUCCUGUGACUGCUGGUUAGUGUCAAAUGCAGUCUGUUAAACUUCUUGAUGCGGUCACUAAUACAAGUUCAUCAAAGUUUUGUCCGAAUGCCAUAAUUCUGUCAUAAAAUUUACUUUCUCUGUAAUACACAAUGAAUCUAAGUGUUUACUUCAUUAUUCGAUCCUUGG